AUGAACAACUACCAUAUCUAUGAAGAAAUAGGAAAGGGCAAAUACUCCUUCGUGUACAAGGGCAGAGUUAAGAAGACUAUUGACUACGUAGCGGUUAAGAGCGUAGAGAAGUGUAGGCGCCAGAAGGUUUUGAAUGAAGUCAGAAUUUUCGGAGCUCUGAGUCAUCCUAAUAUUCUUAAAUUUCAUAAUUGGUAUGAGACUAAGAAUCAUUUGUGGACUAUUUGAGAGUAUUGCUCGGGAAAUGACCUUUAUUCAAUGAUUGAGCAGGAUAAUCAGUUCCCUGAGAAAUCGAUUAAGCUCUUUGGAAAACAAUUACUAGGAGGACUUAAUUAUUUGCAUUCCAAAGGUAUAAUAUAUGCUGACCUCAAACCCAGCAAUGUCUUGCUCAAUGAGUAUGGGAACCUCAAGCUAUGAGAUUUCGGGUACUCAAAAUAAAUUAGAAGACUUGGAAGAAGGCUACAAGGAUAAAUUAGAUAGAGGAAAUGUAGGUACACCCUACUAUAUGGCACCAGAGAUAUACCAGGAAGAAGGAGUUCAUAGCUUUGCUUCAGAUAUGUGGUCGCUUGGAUGAGUUCUUUAUGAGCUUUAUUCUGGAAAACCUCCAUUUUAUUCAGAUUCUUUCAAAGAACUUGUUAAGAAAAUUCAAUAUGAUGAUUAUCCUCAAUUACAAGGAGCCUCAAAAGAGUUUAAUGACUUAUUGGCAAAAUUACUUGAAAAAGAACCUACCUGUAGACCUUCUUGGGAUGAAUUAAGUAACCAUGCUUUCUGGGGGGAUGAAAAAUUUAAAAGUUUGUUAUUGCCAGAUGAACCCCAAUUCGAAAGAUAUUUGACUGCUAAAGGAAUAGACCCGAAGCACUUCUAUGAAACGAGGUCGAACCCUCUCGCUAAGAAACUGAUAAGAGAAUCAGCUAAAGUUGAGAAAGGGAAAGAGGUAGACAUAAUAAGAUUAUCUCAUCAUGUUAAAAAAAAUAUGAAACAACCAAACGAUUACUCUCAACAGCAUCAAGACAUUACCUCAGACAUCAAAUUGAAGAACAGAGAUGUUGAGCUAAACUUUGGAAAGAGGGAAACCACUCCGACUAAAGAUUUUGUACCAGAAGUUAGUCCACAUAAGGGAGAUAUGGAGGACGAAGUUGAAGAGGAAGAGAAAAUCGAUUUCACUGGAGAAGAUUUUAAAUCAAAUCAAGGUCCUAGAGGUCAUUCAGAAUCUGUAAAAUCAUCUAAAGUUCGAAAAAUUAUACCUGACGAAGAUUUUGAUCCAAAUGAAUCUCUCCAGGAUCCAAGACUAGAUAAUAGUGAGAAUCUGUUCACAAAUAAUCGCAAGAUUGGUAACAAAACUGUAGAACAACUUUUGAUUCAUAAUAUUGAUACAAGCGUUAAGCCAAUUAUCGGAAAUAGAGAUAUUGAGCGUCAGAACGAGCUGAGGUAUUCUCUCCAAUUUUUGACCUUUGAGCCAUGGAGAAUAGAGGAUAUCGUUGCGACUAUUAAGACCAAUGAAAUUGAGAGCCAUCUCUCUGAAGUAUACUCCUCAAUUGCUGGAAACAGCCCGCAAGAAAAGAUUCAUGCACUUGCAUAUUUUGAAUCAACUAUUGUAAAUAGUGAGAUUGCUAAUAGACUUAUCAAUUCAGCAUUUGUUAAUCUCUUUGUCAAAGUGCUUAGGUCUGCAAAAAGCACUCAGAUUAAACAUAGAUUAUGCUCUAUUAUCGGACUUUUAGUAAGACAUGCCACUAUUAUUGAAAAUGAUAGAGCAGAGCUUGGUAUCUGUGAAGCUUUGAUGGAGCAUGUCAAUGAUGCAAAUGAAAAAGUAAAAAGAAAAGCAAUGGCUGCAUUAGGAGAGUAUCUCUUUUAUGCAGCAACUCAGCUUGAUGAUGAACAAGCUGAUCCUAUAUGGGAGAUCACUGAUGAUGCUAUUACUUGAAUCAUUGAAUUGAUCUCUGAUGAAACUGACUCAAUUGUAAAGUUUUAUGCUUGCAAAACUAUUGAAAAUAUAACUGCUCAAAGUAUAUCAGCAGGUGAAAGAUUUGCUACUCCUGAAGCUGCAAGCUCUCUUCUAAAUAUUUAUCUCAAGAGUGAAACAGAAGGGUUCAGAAUUGUGGCUUCUGUUGCUUUAUCUCAUCUUAGCAAACUGAAUCCUAGCCUAUUUCCUGUUAUUUUUGAAACUAUUACUCCUAAAAGCUUUUUCAAUGUAUUUAAAGAAGGACAUGCACGUACACAGCAGGCUUACAUCACAAUGCUAAAUCUGGCUUUAAGAAUGCCAUAUCACAAACUGAUUGACCAACUUCUCAGCAGCAGUUUAUUCCUUCCCAGUUUAAUGAAUCUCCUUGAGCACCAGAGUGCAAUUAUCAGAGGAAAGACUCUACUAACAUUUGUUUUACUUUUUAAGCUAGAUUUCAGAUGGAUGAGCCUUGCCCAACAAGAGCUGAAGUUCUUCAACUUCCUUGACAGAGUCCAAAGAGAAAGUAAUAAGUACUUCCAAUCUUGCCUUUUCUGUCUGGUAGAUACCAUCAUUGAUAUUGUGUCUGUUAUCUUUAAAACAGUAAAGGAUGAAAGCAGCAAAAUUAUUAAAGUUGGAGAUAUUGACUUUGAUAAAGACAGAAAGGAUUCAAAAUUUGACGAGAUACUGCACAGAACCGAAUAUAAAGAGCUUCAAGGAGAUCUUACUCAUUUUGUGAUUAUACUAGAUCUAAUGAACUCUCAGAUCUUCAAGUCAAGGAUUAUCUCUACUGAGUUCAUUGUGACAACUUCAAAGCUGCUUGAGAUUAUGCAAGGGGCUAAUUUUACUGGAAGUAUAGAAUUCCUAAACAUUCUUCUAUCAAUAAUUGAAUGAGUAAGCGGAGUGCAGAAAUGCUUAUUUGAAGGACAUGAACUGAUCCUUCAAUAUCUUUUACCAAAGCUAUUAAAUAUGCUGAACCAUGACGGAACUAAUUUUAGGUUCUUGAGUUUAAAAAUCUUUGCAGACAUUGCUACUCAAUUCCUCUCAGAAUCAACCAUCUAUGACGUGAGUGGGAGCAACUCAUUCUCUAAGGGUCUUAACAAACUGAUACUGAAGAAACUGUUCCCAAAGUACACAGAGAUCCUCGAAGACGAGAACCCAGUCCCUCUAUUCGGGUUGAAGCUGCUCUCUAUAAUAGUUGAGAGAAAUUCUGCAUUUAUUACUAUCCUUUCUGAUCUGAACUUGAUUUCAGUUAUUUGAGAUUACUUUGAAGUUGGCCAUCAGAGGUUGAACAGAUAUACUAUCAAGAUUAUCAAAAACAUAGUUGAGAGUGAUACACUUGACAUCAACGAUGUUGUAGAUCUCCAGAUUGCUGAUAAAGCUAAUGAGAUAAUUGUUAACAUGCUCGAUAAUAAACAAGACUGGUGAUUUGAACUCUUACUCGACAUUGUUUACUAUCUUCUUAAAGACACAGCUGAUAAAGUUCAAAAGCAAAAACCUUGAUCCGCACAGGUUAAGAAAUUGAUAGAGCUUCUAUACAAAAACUUUGUGCCGUGAAUCCAGCUCCUCAGUCCAACCUUCGAGUCUAUAAUAGUAGAUAGAGCCAGUCAGUGUCUUUUGACUCUUCUACAGCUAUAUGCUAUUUCUCAAGACACUGAAGAUAAGCAGCUAUAUUUCACAGAAGAGCACAUGAAUAACCUGCUGGGAUCACUCGAAAGUGAUAAGAGAGUUGUCGUUAAGAGAAUCCUAAAAUGCAUAUAUUGGGCAUUGAGUCAACCAGAAUACAAAAUAAGAAUGGAUGCAAACAUGACAAACAUCUUGGUGAGAUACCUAGAGAAAUUCGUUAGCUCUGAAGAUAAGGCUAUCAGUACUACUUCCAGAGAGAUUUAUAAGAUUAUAUAGUCCUUCAUUAAUGUUUAUGCAGCUUGUUUUUAG